ACUCGUAACGUGGGAUUUAAAGUUACAUCUGGGACAAGUGUAGCGCACCAUGUUUCUCUAGAUAAAAGAACUUGUACAUGUCCUGAAUUCAAAAUGCUCCUAAUUCCUUGCCAAUACGCAAUAGCAGCAAUAACCAUUAAUAACCUCUCUUCAUGUGGGAAAAAACAUUGUCGGGUAGUUCUACCGGUUCCAAACCCAGAUGACAUUGAUGUUCCGACUGAUGUGAGAGAGGGUGUCGUAGUUCUCCCUCCUAAGACUAAGCAUCCUCUAGGGAGACCACCAACAAAAAAAAAAUUUUCAAUUAGUGAAAUACCAGUAGUCCCA